CGGUCGGCUGUUAGCCCCGCUGCUCUGUGUGAAUGCGUCCCAAACAGGGUGAGAGGUUUAUAAAUGGUAACACGGACUUUAUUACCCGUAUUGUUUGGACGCCCUUAUCAAGUCAGUUAGUAUGAUUAGUUGGUGCUCUCGCCAUCAAUAUAUGUUUUGUGAAUCUCGUGAACGGUAAAGUUUUAUAUUUGUAAUUGACUCGUGAGAUGUGACGUCAAUGAUAUUAAACAGUGUAUAACCAUAUCUCACAUUUCUAUUGGAUUCCGAUUGCUUCCGACUUAAUUGCUGCCGCUAUUGUGGCCGACCAAGAAUCUCGCCGCAACUACGUGGCACGGUCUGGCACCUCUGAGAGAGUCAUUUGGGCUAAAAGUAGCGGCUGUGUCCUCGUAUUGUAGGUCUUUGCUUUGAGAAACAUGAGGGCUGUUUUUGUUCUGCUGCUGCUCAUUGCUCCACACCUCACAUCUGCAUCGAAAAGUGUCACUGCCAGCCUGAAAGCCAAGUGGGACAUGACCCCCUUCCUUCUGGAAACAAGUGAAUUUAUUGGAGAAGAUGGGAAUGAGAAAUUCUGGCAGUUUGUUGAUACAGUGAAAGAGCUCACCGUAUACAAGCAAGGAGAGUCGGUCCGCUCGUACUACAACCUGGUCAUUAAGAAGGCUGGACAGUUCCUCACGGAUCUUCAAGUAAAUCUGCUGAAAUUUGCUCUCGGCCUGCGGUUUUAUUCUCCUGCUGUCCACGCGUCCCAGCAGAUCGCGAAAGAUGAACCCCCACCCGAGGACUGCCCUGCUUUUGUCUCCAUCCAUGGCCAACAUAGCUGCAGCACAAAAAACAUGAAGAAGCUUUUGAAGGCAGCUUCAGACAGAUCCAAACCUUAUCUGUACAAGAGCGAUCACAUCUAUCCUGGUCUCAAUAAAUCGGAAGUGCCAGUCGUGGUCCUGUACGCGGAGAUAGGAACGAAGAAGUUCACCUCUUUCCACAAGAUGCUGUCGGAGAGGGCGGCAGCCGGCUCGCUGGUUUAUGUCCUCCGGCAUUACGUCGCGAGUCCGAAGGCACAAAAGAUGCAUUUAUCCGGCUUUGGAGUGGAGUUGGCGAUCAAAAGCACCGAAUACAAAGCAGUGGAUGACACCAAAGUGAAAGAUUCAAAGACGGCGAUAAAUACGGACGACGAGGAUGCUGAUGAAGUUCAAGGAUUCUUCUUUGGGAAGUUGAAGAAAUCUCACCCUGAGCUCAAGGAGCAACUGGUGGAGCUUCGGAAGCAUCUCAUGGAGAGCACCAAUGACAUGGCGCCUCUCAAAGUGUGGGAGCUGCAAGAUCUCAGCUUCCAAGCAGCUGCCAGGAUCUUGUCGGUGCCCAAGUUUGACGCGUUGAAGCUGAUGCGGGACCUCAGUCAAAACUUCCCGACCAAAGCCAGAUCACUGACGCGAGUGGCUGUAAAGCAGGAAAUGAGAAAAGAAAUUGAGGAGAACCAAAAGCAUCUCAGCGAGACGAUCGGUGUCCAGCCCGGCGACGGGGAGCUCUUCAUCAAUGGAGUGCACAUUGAUCUUGAUAUUCACAAUCCUUUCAGUGUUUUGGAGGUCCUCAGAGGGGAGGCCAGAAUCUUAGAGGGUCUUCACAACCUUGGGAUUAAAGGAGAGCAUCAGGGCAAUCUGUUGAGGUUACCAGUGAACCCCGUGACUGACAGCUACGCCUUGGACAUCAGACAUCCUUCCAUACUGUGGAUGAACGACAUUGAAAAUGACCCACAGUACAGCAGCUGGCCUGCAGGCCUGCAAGAGCUGCUCAGAGCAACCUUCCCCGGUGUCAUUCGACAGAUCCGCCGCAAUCUCUUCAGCCUGGUGUUGGUCCUGGAUCCGGUCCAGGAGGAGACUGUGGGUCUGGUGAAACUGGCUGCUUUAUUCUACAAGCACAAAAUCCCUCUCAGAAUUGGAUUUGUGUUUGUUGUCAACACGGAGGAUGAGAUUGAUGGAUUCGCUGAUGCGGGGGUUGGGUUUUACCGACUACUCAAUUACAUUGCAGACGAGUAUGAUCUGUCCCAGGCUCUGGUGUCAAUGGUCUCGUUCUACAACAGAGUGGACGUCGGGGAGACGCUGUCUGCCGACACCGUCGUCGCGUACCUGAAGAGAAACUUCCCUAAAGCCAGUGCUGAGCGGAUUCUGGGUUUGGAAUCAGAGUACGAUGAUAGAAGAAAGGAUGGUGAAGCCUUCUACAGAAAGAGUGGCCUCGGUGCUCUGCCGCUGGCUUUAUUUAACGGAGUGCCUCUGAGUCCAGAUGAGAUGGAUCCCGACGAGCUUGAGAGCAUCAUCUUGCAGCGUAUUAUGGACACCACCACCUCCUUUCAGAGGGCCGUUUUUAUGGGUCAGUUAACCGAAGGCUCUGAUGUGGUGGAUUAUCUGAUGGAUCAGGACAACGUGGUUCCGAGGAUGAAUCCUCUCAUCCUAAGCACAGAUCGGAAGUUCCUGGACUUCACCGCAUCUCCCGUUGUGGACGACUGGGAGGACACAACGAUGUUCUCAUUCUUGGACUCCAGAGACAAAACUGCGGUGAUGGCGAGGAGGAUUAAAUACUUCACUAAUAAUGAUGAGGGCGGGAUGAGUGCAGUGACUGUAUGGAUAGCUGCAGAUUUCCAAAAAGCCUCUGGAAGAAAGUUGCUCUCAAAUGCCCUAAAACAUAUGAAGGCCAACCGCGGAGUACGUGUGGGGGUGAUAGAUAAUCCCGGCAGCAAACCUCAGGAAGAUAAUACGGUGCUGUACCGGGCUAUCUGGGCCGCUCUGCUCACUCAGAAGAAUAAGGCUGCGGCUGAGUUUGUGCAAAAACUACUGAAAGAGCACAGCAGCCAGCUCCUCCAACAGGGGACCAAGAUGAAGGACUUACUGAUGCAGGGCAUGGACAGAGAUGCAUUUGAGAAGAAGUUCAACACAAUGGAAGUGGAUUUUAUCCGCAGUCAGCAGCUCUUCUGUCGUGAGGCGCUGAAGCUGAAGCCUGGCGAGCGAGCCGUGAUCAGCAAUGGCAGGAUCAUCGGCCUCUUUGAAGAGCAAGAGGAGUUUACUGUGGAGGAUUUCCAGCUCCUGGAGAAGAUUACACGGCAAAGUGCUGCUGAGAAAGUUCAAGCUAAAGUUAAAAUGAUGGGGAGGAAGCCACAACAAGCCAGUGAUUUGAUCAUGAAAGUCGACGCCCUCUUGGCGGCAGCCCCGAAAGGAGAGACCAGGAAAGAUGUCCACUUCACCAAAGUCAACCACAGCGUGCUCCAUCUGUCGCCGCGAGAGAAUGAGGUCUAUUACGACGUGGUCGCUAUCGUCGACCCGCUCACAAGACAGGCGCAGAAGAUGUCCCACCUUCUGAUGGUGCUCAGUCAAGUGGUUAAUGUGAGGCUGCAGAUAUUCAUGAAUUGCAGGGGCAAGUUGUCAGAGAUGCCCCUCCAGAGCUUUUACUCCUUCGUGCUGGAGCCUGAUGUGGUUUUCCUAGCCAACGACAGCGUGUCUCCAGGACCGCUCGCCCGUUUCACGGAGCUGCCAGAGUCUCCUCUGCUCACCCUGAACAUGAUCACUCCAGAGGGCUGGAUGGUGCAGGCUGUGAGCAGCCCCCAUGACUUGGACAACAUCCACCUCCAAGAUGUUAGCGGGGUCGUGGCGGCGGAGUACGAGCUGGAGCACCUCUUGGUGGAAGGACACUGCUUUGACCUGUCGACUGGCCAGCCUCCUCGCGGACUCCAGUUCACGCUGGGCACGAGUCAGGAGCCGCUGAUGUAUGACACGAUCGUCAUGGCCAACCUGGGAUACUUUCAGCUGAAAGCCAACCCUGGCGCCUGGUCGCUGCGAUUACGAAAAGGCAGGUCUGAGGAGAUCUACGACAUUCUCUCACAUGACGGCACUGACUCACCCGCAGAUGGCAGCGAUGUCGUGGUUCUGCUGAAGAGCUUCCACAGCAAGAUCAUCAAAGUCAGGGUCCAGAAGAAGGCAGACAAGAUGAAUGAAGAUCUUUUAAGUGAGACGAGCGAAAGCAAAGGAUUGUGGGACUCCCUCUCCAGGAGCUCUCACUCCUCCACGGGAUCCAGGGUGCAGUAUUACGCUGUCAGGUCUACUCUUGCCAAAAAUAUGUGCUUCUGUAGUGUUUGGAGCACUUUUGAGAGAAGCAUCACGGGAGGCGGCUCCAAGAAGAAGGACGGCGAGCAGAAGAAAGAGGACGUGCUCAACAUCUUCUCUGUGGCGUCCGGUCAUUUGUACGAGCGAUUCUUGAGGAUAAUGAUGCUGUCUGUGCUGCGGAACACCAAGACGCCCGUCAAAUUCUGGUUUCUGAAGAACUACCUGUCGCCUUCCUUCAAGGAGACCAUCCCUCACAUGGCCCGGACCUACGGCUUCCAGUACGAGCUGGUCCAGUACAACUGGCCGCGCUGGCUCCACCAGCAGACGGAGAAGCAGCGCAUCAUCUGGGGAUACAAGAUCCUCUUCCUGGACGUUCUCUUCCCGCUGGCCGUCGACAAGAUCAUCUUUGUGGACGCAGAUCAGAUCGUCCGAGCUGAUCUGAAGGAGUUGAGGGAUCUGGACCUGGAGGGCGCCCCCUACGGCUACACCCCCUUCUGCGACAGCCGUAAGGACAUGGACGGCUAUCGCUUCUGGAAGAGCGGCUACUGGGCGUCGCACCUGGCGCACAGGAAGUACCACAUCAGCGCGCUCUACGUGGUGGACCUGAAGAAGUUCCGCAAGAUCGCGGCCGGAGACCGGCUGCGAGGACAGUACCAGGCUCUGAGCCAGGACCCCAACAGCCUGUCCAACCUGGACCAGGAUCUCCCCAACAACAUGAUCCAUCAAGUGUCCAUCAAGUCACUGCCGCAGGAGUGGCUGUGGUGCGAGACCUGGUGCGACGAUGCGUCCAAGCUCACGGCCAAGACCAUCGACCUGUGCAACAACCCCAAGACCAAGGAGCCCAAGCUGGCGGCGGCCGCGCGCAUCGUGCCCGAGUGGGUGCAGUACGACGGCGAGAUCAAGGAGCUGCUGAGGCGCGUCCGGAACGAGACGGCGGCCAAGAAAAGCGCCAGAGAAGGAGUCUCCCGGCGGGACGAGCUCUGAGCGCAGGAGGAGGAGGAGGAGGCGCAGCCGGCCAGGUGGAGGUGAGGCCUUCCGGUCCACUCGCGUCACACUGAGGGCGUUUGGCGGCGACAAUCGAUCAAAGACUGGACCCAGUUCUCACGUUGCCACGAGCUAAGCCCCGCCCCCGCCGCAAACAUGAAGACUUGAAAUGUAAAUAAUGGCGUCGGUUCACUAGUGUUUUACAAGGUUUAAAAAGGCAGCUACGAAUUUACCUCAGCAGAUGAAACCGUCGUGUUUUCAUACGGAAGGAAAUGAAGUCCUUUACACAGAGAAGCUUCUUAGAUCAAAAAAUAAAAUAAAUCAAUGACACCCACAAGAAGUCAAUAUAAAUAUACUUUUGUUCUGUUUGCUGACAACUAAAAAUGUUAAACUCUUUGGAGAAUGAUGUCUCAUAAUUUUUCGGAAAUGAGGAAAUAUUUAUAUUCAAACAAUCAAUUUUCUCAAAAUUAUGCUCCAGAUAAAUUUUGUUAAAUAAAUGUAGAAAAAUGUUUUUUUUUAAAAAUAGCGCCAAACAUAAUUUCAGACAAAGAUUGUGGUUGUCAUUCACUUUCUUGGAAAUAAUAAAUAUUAAAGUCUCAUUGAAGAUAUAAUGCGGCCAAAAAAUUAAUUGAAGUUGAAAAUUUAAAAAAGAAUUAUAUUUACUGUAUAUAAUUUUCAAACCGUAUGCUCUCCACAAAAAUAUUUAUUUAAAAAAAACAAACAUAUUUUUUAAGUCCCAAUGUGUUGACGUUAUGUGGUGAAAGAAACGUAUAUGUCUCUGCAUGUGUUCUUAUCUUUGCUGACUCAGCAACUGGAAGCGAUCUGAAGCUUCAGCUGGAUGUUAGUCGCCUCAUCAUGAAGCCUGGAGUGAUGUUGCCAACAUGGCCGGUCAGCGGGUGAAGCGUGUACAUGCCGUUUUUGUUGCCAGGUCGCGGCUCAAACGCAGAGGCGUGCGUCAGUCGCGGCUCAUCGAGGCCGCUAGUCAGAAGAAGAGCUGCGACCAGUGGGAAGUGAUACCCUGCGGCCGUCCGAUCGUGGUUGGCUCCGUCUGGCGCCUGAAACUUCCAGGAAGGGGCGGGGCUUGGCCGAGCCGUCCUGCUCCUGGGGUCACGUGUCUUAAUUUAUUCCCACCUGUUUACGCUACGAUGCAGUGUUGCUGUCUCAGGUCUGAGCAAGGCGUCGCUGCUGGUCGUCUCUGUCUCACGCUCACGCUCGUACGCCACGAGCCAAUAAAGUGUUUUGUACCAAACUCUGGUGUCGUUCGUCCUGAAGCGAGUCCAGCCGGUACAUAAAUAGCUCUUUAUUUACAUGAGGGCCACGUUCCAUUCAUAUAAAAAUAAGACGCCGUGCGUCUCGAUGAAGGAGCGUCCGCCGCCUGUCGUCCCGGCAACAGAGGCGUCUCCAGAGAAACCAGGCCCCAGUUUGUGUCCCGCUGGCUCAGGAAAGGUUCAGUUGAAGUUGAACUUGAAGUUGAACGGUCCCGACCCGAACGGGUUGAAGCCCUGGAAGUGAUGGCUUUCGUGGAAGUGGUGGUGAUGGUGGUGACCCUGCUGGCUCUCCGGGUCCAUCGGGUCUUCUCCCUGAUCGAACUUGCUUCUCAUGUCUGGGGAACACAAACACCACAUUCAGAACCCCAGGCUGGAGGUCCUCAGGUGGCGCUGGAGGUGGUACCUGGGUCGGUCAGAACCUCCUUGGCCUGAGCGAUGUCGAUGAACUUCUUCUCGGCCUGCUUCUUCUCCUCGGCGUCCUGGAAGUUGUCCGGAUGCCACUGUUGAGCCAGUUUCCUGUACGCUUUGAUGAUCUCUUUCUUCUGGGCCGUCCUGUGGGCGGACCGAACAGGAUCAGAACAGAGAGUGUGGGUGUCGAGUCCGUGACCUGAGCCAUGUGGCGUCGGCCAUUUUUGUUUUCACUCAGGAGUUAAAUACUUUAACAAUUGAAUUCCAUAAAUACAUAUAUAUAUUUUUUUGAAAUUAAUAUUUUAGCUACAUUCAAAUGACACAUUUUCUCUUAAUUAUAUUCAUGAUUUAUAAUACAAAUAACAUAUAUAAAUAGUAUAAAUAUAAUAAUAUAAAAGAAAUAAAAAUAAUCCUAAAUUAUAUUGGAAUUUCAUGUUCCGAACUCCAUUUUUGAUCUUGAGUGCGACGCCACUAGAAUUUCAUUUGAUGAACUGGAAUUUUGUUUGGGGCAAAUGAAUAUUUCAGCUACAUAUAAAUGAUCAAUUUUCAUUAUUUAUAAUAGUAAAAUACAUAAAAGAAUAAAAUAACCAUUUUACACAAAUGUCAUUUUGUGAAUAUAAAACUAAUAAUAAAAAGAACUGAUUUGGUUCGGUGAAUGUUGGGUCCAACACCAGGAACAUAAUGCAUAUAUAAACGACGGUUUUACAUCCAGAUGCUCUGGAGCUCCUCCCAUCAGCCUCCUGUGAGGGAGCAGCGAGGGCCCAGACGGAGCUCCACUCACCUCUUGACGCCCAGGAUCUUGUAGUAGUCUCUCUUCUUGGACUGCUUGAGCAGCCGCUGCGCUCGCUCCAGUCCUUCUUUAAUCUGACGGUCGUUCUCGCUGUGUUUGCCCGCGGCCUCGUAGUCCCGGAUGGCUGGAAGAGCAGAAGGAGCGUGGCUCACUGGGAGGUCGGGACAUGGAGCCCGGUGGUGAACCCGGCUGGACCGAACCAGGCGGUCAGCUCAGUCCCGACUUUGAAAGACUGCUGCUGCUGCUGCUGCUGGAGGCUUGUUCAUGGAAGCUCCGCUC